CCCACUGCCACUCCCUGCUCUCCUAUCUCCAUGUUUCCAGUUUCCCACCCCACACUCUCCACUCCUUACCCCCUCUCUCUCUCUCUCUCUCUCUCUCUCUAAAACCUUAAACAUCCCCCUAUCUCUCUCUAGAAAACCUCUGAAAAUGUUGGAAGAUACAGUCUCCAUAGUUCCCUCUUCAUUCAUGGCAGCCAUGAACAACUGGUUCACUCCCACUGUCUUCUUCGUUCUUCUCAAUGUUGUGAUUGCCACCAUAGUCUUCAUCUCCUCGCUAGCCAACCAAAAGAAACAACAACAGACUCCCAAGCUCGCCGGAUCUCCCUCUGUUCUUCAGCGUCUCAGAUCCAUCAACCUCUCUAAUCUCAGAUCUCAGGAACCCAUUUUUAAAUUUAACCCAACAGAUUCCGAUACCCUUUUCAAUCUUGACCCCACCCUUCCCCCCCAAAUCCUUGAACCCCAAAUGCCUUACACCUUUUUCCACCUCCCCCAAGAAAUCCCCACCCUUGAAACCCAGACCACCCACUACAUUUUCCGGCAAGAAAAUGAGACACAUUAUGUUUCCCAUCAAGAAACUGUUGAACGGACUGAGACCCACGAUGUGAAAACUGAAGAAAUCGAAGCCCAUUUCGAUUUCCAGGCGUCCCAUGAAGAGGAGCCAGAAGGAGAAAAGGAAGAAGAGAAACCGGAGAGGUUGGAUGAGGCGCCGGAGCCUGAAACGACGCCGUUUGCCGUCGAGAUUCCAGAGAGGCUGCCGGCGAAGAUGAAGAAAUCGGCGAGCAUGAAGUCCUCAGCUUUUAAGCCGGCUGAGAAGGAGGACGUGGAGGCGCGGCGGCCGGCGACGAUGAAGGAGAGAGUGGCGGCGGAGGUGGACGAGGAAGUGGACGCAAAAGCCGACGAUUUCAUCAACAAAUUCCGGCAGCAGCUGAAGCUGCAGAGGGUGGAUUCCACACUUAGGUACAAGGAAGCCAUCCGCAGAGGGGCCGGAAGCUAAAUUAUUAACUUUAUAGGGGUCGUUUUUUUUAAUUCUGCUUAGUUUUGGGACUCUUGUAUAAAAACUGGAAAGUUGCUCACUUUUUUGAGAUUCUAGCUAAGCAAGCCUAAAGCCAGCCACUCUACUGCUCGUCGAUGGGCGUUCUGGUCAUUUCGGCCUACGGCGGUCACGUUUUGGAAUUUAUUGCUAUUACCUAAUAUAGAUGCCACAUUGUAUAACUUCAAUUAUAUAGUUUCAACUUUGAACUUGAAUGUGGUAUGAAUUAACGGAUUAAAAUUAAUCUUGGCGCUUCUUAACUA